ACUCAAAUUAGGAAAUGACGUAUAGUUUGUAGCAUGUAUGUGAUGGCCAAGUGAAGCCUACUAGAAAUGCUUUCAUGGGGCAUUUGUCUGACAGUUGUUUAACCGUGAUAUGACCGAUUGUAGGACAGGCCGUUCAGCCAGGACACGAAAUCAAAGUCAGGAGUUGCACAAAUAUGGAAAACCAUUUGGUAGAGAACGAGACCUCCUUUUAUUCAAAGGCAGAGCACUACUGGAAGGAAGUCCCGCCUACUGUGGAUGGAAUGCUGGGGGGAUAUGGGGGCAUUUCAAGCAUUGACAUAAACGGUUCAAAAAAGUUUCUUAAAAACUUUCUUGGGGAAGGACAGGGCAAGACUGGCACAGGCUGUGCUCUGGAUUGCGGUGCUGGAAUUGGCCGUAUAACCAAACGUCUGCUCUUGCCGCUCUUCCGUACAGUGGACCUUGUGGAUGUGACGCAGGAGUUCCUGGAUAAAGCUCGCUCAUACUUGGGUGAGGAUGGCAAGCGGGUAGAGAACUACUUCUGCUGUGGCCUGCAGGACUUCCAGCCCCAGCCAGAGCGCUAUGAUGUUAUAUGGAUUCAGUGGGUUAUUGGUCACUUGACUGACAGUCACCUAGUGGAAUUUUUGAGGCGUUGCCAGAGUGGUCUGCGUCCAAACGGCCUUAUUGUGGUGAAGGACAACGUUGCCUAUGAAGGUGUAGUACCUGAUGAGGUGGACAGCAGUGUAUGUCGGGACCUGAAUCUACUACGCCGCAUAGUGGACAGGGCUGGACUCAGCAUCGUCUAUGAGGAACAGCAGGAGAACUUCCCGGAGGAGAUCUAUCAGGUUCACACUUUAGCUCUCAGAUAACUGUAAGCAUUGAACAUUGAAGGUUCAAUGUUAGCCACAAAAACCUACUUGGUACUGCCAAUGUUUCUGCUGUUUUUAAGACUGAAACCUGAACUUUGGAAUUUGAAGGAGGGGGAUUUGUACCUUUCAACUUGGUAAUGUUACAGUUUGCAUUCAUCGCUGGCAUGUGUGUGAGUCAAUAAGUGGCUAAUGGUUUACACGUGGUAGCUUUACACUCCGAUUUAUCCUCAGUAAGAAGUUUUGAAUCUGGCCGAGCAGCUUUAUGAUAGACAAGUGGAAACAGCCGCUGUACUAAAGACUUCAGAUGAUUUAAAACUGAGUUUAGCAUGUGUCUGUGCGACUGAAUGUUGUGGAUUGAACCUUUUAAUAAAUUAUUUUUGAGAAUUCAAGUCAAUACUUGUUCACGAUGCAUUUAAGUUUAAGUGUGCACAUUUACAGCUGUUGAAACACUGAAGUGAGCUGUUCUUUAUCUUGAAUAAACUAAUAUUUUGGAACAGA